AUGAUUAGAUAAUAAUCAAUAAUCUCAGCUGAAUAUUUGGUGUUUGAUACAAUCGAUCUCAUAAAGAAAGGAUAAUAUAAACAAUGUGUUGCAAAAAUUAAUAGAUUAGUAUUUGAUCCUCAAUUUGUUAAAGGAUAGCCACAAUUCUUACAAUUGUAAAUCUAAUUAUGUCGUCGACUCUUAUAUUGUUGUAAUAAAAUCCUUAAAAAGUAAAACCUACUUAUCAUACUACUAGAUACUUUCUAAAAUAUUCAGAUAAAUCACACAAAAUUCAACCGUUACUUAAUCGAUCGAUUGAAUUAAGUUUCCAUUAUAUUGAAUUAUUGGAAACUUAUCAAAAAGAGAAUAGUAAAUUUGAUGGCUCUCCUCUAGCAUCUCCAUCUCCAACAAUAAAAAAAAAAUAACUUUUUAAAGAACUUUAUACAGAAUAAUUAAGUCUAGCUCAUAAGAUGGAAAUGUUUUUCUCUUCAGAUAUUGUUAAUAACUAUGUACAGAAAUCAAAUAUUUGGUUCCAAGAUCAUUGUCAUAAUUGUUAUAUUCAACUUAUAGAAACACUUCUAAAUGCAUAUAGAUAUCAUAAAUGUAAUAGAACACAUUAUCCAUCUCUCUUUCUACAUCUCUUAACUCAAUUAAUGACUUAUUGUAACAAAUAGAAUACAAAUAAUCGUAAGAAUCAUAAGUUUUCACUCUUAAAAGGAGAAGUUUAUAUUCUCUUAGGAAAUGCGUACUUUGAAUUAAGUAUUCAUUAUUUAUAUAUGUUUAAGAUGAUUAUUCAAAAGCUGAAUAGAAUUACCUAUCUUCAUUAGAUGAAGCUAUUGUAUCUGUUAGAAGUCUUUUAGAUGACAUUGAGAAAUUGAAAAUUAAUGUAGAUUCAAAAAUUGUUAAGAUUCAAAUAUCAAAAUUGAUUAGUCAAAUUAUCAUAAGUUUAGAUUUAUAAUCAAUAAUCAAUUAAUAGAUUGAACAUUACAAUCGUUGUAUUGAAAUUAAUCAAGUUUCACAUCUAUUUAAUAAAAUCCUAAUAUAUUUUAAUACUUGCAAAGAACUAUAAUAACAUUUAGAUAAUAAAACUAAUGAAAUCAAAGAUAAUUAUAAAGAUUAUGUUUAAGAAAAUACAGAAAUCUGUAAAUUACUUUCCUUGAUAUUCUAAAUUCCAUUUAAAUAAUAUCCUAUAAAUAUUAAUUCUACUUUUAAUUUUGAAUAACUAACUCAAACAGAUUAAUAUUAACAUAAAUUAUUUGAGAAAUAUGAAUAUUCAAAAAAUAAUACAACAUUUUUUAUUAAGAAUAAAGAAUUACCACCUAAACCUAAAAAUCAAACAUCAUAAUCAAUUUUAGAAAAUGCAGGUCUUACAUAAUAAUAUUUCAUUAGAAAUCAAUCAAUGAAGAAUUUUAAAUUAAAACAUAAUAAUUCUUAGUAAUCUAUUGAAUAAUCAUCUACUAAUUAUAAUGAUAGUCAAAUAUAAAAUAAAAAUGAUUAAAGUAGUCUAAGUUAAAUAGAUACUUCCAAUAUCUCUAAAAUUAAAUUUGGAUAAACUCCAAAGAUGGCACAUAGAUAGAGUUUUUUAAGUGAAUUAAUUCAUCUAAGAAAUUAAGGUGUAAAAACUGAUAAAUCUGUUGUUUAAGAGACUGAUGUUGAAAAAAAUCAUAGAUAAUAAAAAGAAUUAUUAUAAAAAAUUAAUAAUAAAAGUAAAUUAUUAAUAUUAAAUAGAUUUCUAUUAACCCUUAGAUUAAGUUGUUCAUACUUAUAUCAAUGAAAAUCUUACUAGUCAUUAAAAAUGUCAAUCACUUGAAGAAGUAAAGUAAAAUGCCAGAAUUAUCUGUUAAGCUGAGGCAGAAGUACAUAAAGAAGUACCAAUUACAAAGAGUUUAUUAUAUGCUAGAAGAAUGACAUGUCCUUAAGGAGUCUUGGUUAAAGAUUAAAAUGCAGAAAAUGAAUUCAAUAAGUUAUUAGAGUUUAAUGUUAUAGAAUAUUUUGAUUUUGUGUAAACCAAUAAAGAUUAAGCUGUUAUUAGCUUAAAAGCAUAAUAAGAAAAUUAAUAAGUUAGAAUAGCUUAAUAAAAUUUAUUCUCGGAAAACUUCAUUCCAAAAAAGAAGUUGAAUUUUAUUGAAAACGAAGAAAUAAAAUAAUUAGAAUAAGCUCAAGUAAUUGCAUAAUAAGCUGAGAAUCUCUUAAAGAAAACAUAAGAUAAAAGAAAAUCUACUUCAAAAUAAUCUAGACUUUCCAUUUUGUCUUUAAUGUCAGAGAAAACAUUUAAAAAAUAAGAAUCUAUAUGUGUUCCUAUUACUUAAGAGUAAGUGAUGGAAAAAGCUCGAAAUUCAAUUAAACAUGUUAUUUCUCUUAAUGAAAAAUAGAAAGAAGUAUUCGAAGAGUAGGAUCAAUUUUUGAAAGAAGUAUAAUAAUAUGAUUGAUAUGUUUAGGCAGAAUUACCAUAUAAAUUUAAAAGAUCUAUCUCUGGGAAACAUAAAUCUAAGUAAGAGUGUAAAAGUAUCUUGAUUAAAUAAGAAUUCGGAUAACUCUGUUAAUCGACAAAAAACAUUAGGGAGAAAGAUUUUAAUAUACUCAAUAAUAAUAAUAAUAAUAAUGAAUAAAAACUAAAAGGAAUUAUAAGUUUAGAGAAAAUAAAAUGA